AUGCAUUCAGCCCAACCCAAUCACAGGUCCUGUCCCGGCUCGCGCUUCCCAACGGCAACUCUGGACCACAACGGGAACAAGUGUGAAGAAUGUGGUCUUCCUGUGGAGCUUUGUCUUGCCGGGCCUCGCAGCAAAAUCUCUGGACAGCUUUAUUUUUUGUGUGUUCGCAAGGAUCAACACCAUAGCGGUGACAAAUGGUGGCAAAUCUUUCAAGUACCCUCUCAAUAA